GUUGUGCGUGUGUGUGUGUGUGUGUGUGUGUGUGUGUGUGUGUGUGUGUGACUAUGCGGCAUUAGUAUUAGUAGGUUGGAGGGGCGACGCCAGAAGCUUUUGGAUGGUGGAGGAGGGAAGGAGAAGAAGAAGUGGUUGAGGAGAAGGGGGGCAAGAGGUAGGGUGUGUAUAGACCGAGAGUAGGGCACGAGCGAGGUGAGGCUGUCAUGUAUGCCAGCGUGGUCACAUCAUGCCAGGUGGACAAGCCAUCACAACAAGUGGCGCGUGUGUGUUUGGGAUGAAGGUGAGGGCCGCACUGGUGAGCCCAGCAUUUUCCUUCUCGUUGCAGCCACCGACAGCAGCCACCGACAGCAGCAGCAGCAGCAGCAACACAUGCCACGCCGAGGAACAACCCAGAUCCGCUCGUGAUCUGAUGGCACAAGUCCCAGUCAAGCCGGCAACUCAAACACAAAAGCACGCACACGCGCAAACACACAAAAACACGCAAGCCCUCACGCACAAGAAGAAGCUCGAGCGCGCUAGUGGACCAGCCAUUGAUUGAGUUGUGAGGCCCAGCACGAGCACAAGCAAGCAAAGAAGUGGCCGUUCUGUUGUUGUUGACAGUGUGGUGUGUCCGGGCGUGGCCACACACACACACACACACACACUGGCGGCGCGCAAUUUUUGGUUUGGAGUGAUUUGAGCACGUUGUUUGUUUUUUCCUGUUUGGGUGCAUUGUUGUUGCUGUUUAAGUUUUGCGCGGGAGGUGUGUUCGCAUCAGGACAGGACACUUUCGUUGUAUCUUGACGUUGCUUGUGUGCAUCAAACCAUGCGCUUGCGCAGUAAAGGCUACCUCUGGGC